UCCAGCGACAAAUUCUUGCACAAGGAAAAAAGCCGGUUGAGUUCCUACUUCCCGACGGUCAUAGUCUCAUCUCGUCGGUUACCGUUUGUUAACAAAAUGUAUUACAAAUUUAGUGGAUUUACACAAAGACUGACAGGAGUCGUUUCAUCCUCCGCCUACAACCCGCAGGGCUUGAGGUCAAAUAUACCAUCUGAACCCCCUACCACCUUCUUUGCCACCCCAACUAAACUGGUGUCUGAGUCAAAUGCUGCAGUGGAGUAUAUGGGUGCCAACAAGGUUCCAGAUCUCCAGAGGUUAUUUCAGGCCUCCGAAGAGAUUCCAGUUCAUCUGAAACGAGGUGUUUCAGACAGACUCUUGUACAGGACCACCAUGGCACUGACAGUCGGGGGAGCUCUCUAUUGUCUCGUAGCUCUUUAUAUAGCAGCACAGCCCAAAAACAAAUGAACUGUACCCAGCCUAUUUUCAUCAACUCACAUCAUCAGCAUUGAAAUAACGUUUGCGAUGUGUAACUUUGUUGUAUUUAUUAUGAACAUUAGCAUUAUGCCUCCCAGCAUCAAUCACCAUGAACAGACACUCUGUCCUGACAAAGCUUUUACGGAGCGAUGCCAUUUUACUUGUGUGUCCUUUAUCAGAUCUGGGAUGUUGUUAGUUGCAUUUAUUAGAACAGUGGUUCUCAGUUUUUGUACUUCCAAGGCCCCAAAAGUCAAUAUUUCCAGUUAUUUCCAGUUUUUUCAUCUAGAACACUCUUAAAAAUUAGGUUCCUACAGGAGGUUUUUCACAACAAUACCAUAGAAAAGCCAUUUUUGGUAAAACAAAUAACAUUUAAGUGAACAGUUCUUAAAAUAACGUUUUUCUUUGUGUGAAGAACAUUGUUUCACUUUAAAAACCUUAAGUGCAAUGUAAAGUUUCCAUGAAUGUUAGUUUCUUCACAGAACCACUGAUGCCACUAAAGAACCUUUAUUUUCUAAGAGUGUAAUAAAUAUGAUGCAAAAUAUAAUUAUAUAUGUAUAUUAAUAAUUUUGCUAAAUAAUACAUUUAAAUAGUUAAAUUAAACUAUUUUAAAUAUGAUGACACAUUUAGGAGUUUACUGAGAACCCCUGGUUGAGAACCACUGUAGUCCUAACAAACUGUAAACCCUUCACUCUCAGCCCCAUUUAUACCUCAUCAGCACAGAAUGGUUUAAACCAGAUGUGUGAUGGCUGAGAGAUAGUGAUAAUCAUGUUUUGGUAAUGAUUGACAAAUUUUGUGAUGCAGAGAAGAGGAUAAGAAAGGAAAAUAGUGUGAGAUCUCUCACUAUUCAGGAGUGUUGAUUGGAGUGUUCGUUACACACUUGGGCAUGUUAAGUAUGCCUCUGGGAAGCCCGACUACGAGAAAUCUAUAGGAAGGGGUUUAACACUUGUAGAGGUUGUGCAGAAUAUUCUGGAAAUGUGGAAACGUAUCGAAGAGAAUCAUGGAUGCUGUGCAGUAUGCACACUUCUGCCACUGAAUGCAAUAUUACCAUACUUUAAGGUCAUUUCUCAUGCACCACUUUCACAAGCAAUGCGUAUGUGUACAUAAAGUGAAACAAAAACUGUUUGUUUGUGAAAUAGACAUUAAUUUCAUUCAUGUUUUGGCCCUCUGAGAUGUACAUAUUUAAUUUAAAAGAACAAAAUUAAAAGAUGA